AUGACAGCGACGGAUGCAGCGACUGUGGUCACUGGUAAUGGACCCCGCAAGAUCCUCUCGAACUCGAUAGAUCUCAAACCCGGCGAUUUCUCCUCCAUCCCCGUCUUGGAUCUCACAUUAGCCUUCAGUCCCAACGUCGCAGACCGAAAAACCGUUGCAUCAUCGCUGUUCGACGCUUGUACCCGUGUAGGGUUCUUUUAUGUCAAGAACCAUGGAGUACCCUCCGAAAUUAUCUCCGAGUGCUUCCAGGCCGGAAGGGAUUUCUUCGAGUUGAGUUUGGAAGAAAAAAUGAAGAUAUAUAUCAAGGAUUCUGAGAAUUUCAAGGGGUAUACACCAUUGCUCGGGGAGAAUACGGAUCCAGCUGGUCGAGGGGAUCUACACGAAGGGUUUGAUAUCGGAUAUGAAUAUUCCAAGGAAGGUGGGAAGAUGGAAGGGGUUAAUAGAUGGCCCGAGACACUGCCGGGGAUCAAAGCACCUGUUUCAACAUAUUUUUCCGAAAUGGUAAAACUUGGAAAAAAGCUUUUCCAACUUUUUGCGUUAUCACUGGACCUUGAAGAGAAUUAUUUUGAUGAUCUUGUUUCGGGGAAAGGUGGGAUCAUGAGGUUAUUGCAUUAUCCACCCCAGACGAAGGAAGGAUUGGACAUGACACAGUUGGGGAUUGGAGCUCAUAGUGAUUAUGAGUGUUUUACGAUAUUGGCACAGCAGGGUGGGGUUGAGGCUUUGCAGGUGCUCAAUAAGGGAGGGAAGUGGGUGGGGGCUACACCCAUUGAGGGGACUUUUGUGGUUAAUGUGGGAGAUAUGAUGGCUAGGUGGACUAAUGACCUGUAUUUGAGUACUAUUCAUCGAGCAAUAAAUAGGACCGGGGUAAGGAGGUACUCUGUUCCUUUCUUCUUCGGGGUGGAUUAUGAAAGUACGAUCGAGGUACUUGAGAGCUGUGUUAGUGAAGGUCGGCCGAAGAAGUAUGAGCCGAUUAAUGCGGGGGAUUAUAUUAAGCAGAGGUUGAGCGAGACGUAUUGA